GAUGUAAAUCAAUUAUGAAUAAAUCCUUGAAGAAACUAAAACUAAAGUAUUAACUUUAUCAGAAUUAACACAUGAAAAUCAAUGGAUACAAGAUUCUAAUAAGGAUGGUUGCAGUAUACAUACAAAGAUGAAUCCAUAAAAUGAAUUAAAGAUUAACAGAAUUGAAGCAAAUGUUGAUGUUGAACCAGAAACCUUUAUUAAUUUAGUUACAAAUAUGACUAGAAAGAAGGAAUAUGAUUCAAACUUUGAAGAAGUAUUUAUAUUGCAAUAUUAUUAAGGGAAGAAUCAUUGAGAAGAUUGAUUAAAAUACAACUAUUUAUUAUGCAAGAGGCAAACCACCUAUAUUCAUAGUAGAUGCUAGAGAUUUCUGCAUGAUUACAAGAAUUUAUAAAUUAGGAGAUUCUCAUUAUCUAGCUGUUUGUAUUUAAUUAAAAAUUAUCUUAUAGCAAAAUCAAUUGAACAUCCAUAAGCACCCUUAGUUAAAGGAAUUCAAAGAGCUGAAAUGAUAUUUGCUGGUUGGAUAGUCAAAAAGCUACCAAAUGGAAAGACCAACAUCAUUAUGAUAGGACAUAUGAAUCCUAAAGGUGAUAUUCCUAAAGCUCUAGUCAAUUAAGGAGCAAAGUUUUAAGUUGAAGGUUUAAAUAAGGCAUUGAAUUAUUUAAAUAAAAAUAGAUAGUGAC